UCUCCUUUUUAUACAUGAACCGGCGGCCGCCGCCACCGGACUCGCCGCCGCCGCUCACGCCCGCCGCACUGGAUUUACCGCCCGCCGCGGCCUCGCGCCCCGGCCUCAUGCGGGGCAUCGGCACCAGCGGCUAGAAGGGGACCUGGAUGGCCGUGGCUGAAGGCGGCUGGUGCGCGGUGAAGCGGUGCGCUGCGGACGCCGGUGUUCCCUCCUGCCCCUUCGCCACCAGGGAGCCGCGCCCGUCUCCUCCUUCGCCCCCCUCCUCCUCGUCUUCCUCCGGCUCCCAGGGUGAACGCGGCUCUUCCAAGACUCCUCGGCCGGAGACCGACGACAGUCACCGGCCGGCCCCGCUGCCGCCCCCCGCCGCCGAAGGCAGGUCUCUGCUCGCCCCCUACGUGCACUUCGGGGCCCCCCACCCCUCCGGCCGGCUCAGCUGGGAGGACAUUCUGCUCUUCGCGGACUUAGACCAAACCAACAAGCUGAUCUGGUCCAGCCGCGGCCCCAAGCUGAGCGCCCUCGGCGCCGAGCAACCCGAGGAGAUGUACCAGACCCUCGCCAUCUCGGCCGCCCAGGGCCCCACGCCUUACGACGGAUCUCCGGGAGGCUUCAUGCACUCCACGCCCAGCUCGCCAGUGUACGUGCCCACGACCCGCGUGGGCUCCAUGCUGCCCACGCUGCCGUACCUGCAAGGCAGCGGGGCGGCCCAGCCCAGCCACCCGGGCGGCGGCCACGCCGUCUGGUCCCAGCCAGCCGCGGAAAGCCCUUCGUACAGCACCGGCGGCGGCUCCCACCCCUCGGGCCGCUUCCCCUAUUCGCCCAGCCCGCCGGUGGCCAACGGGGCCUCCCGGGAGCCCGGUGCCUACAGCAACAGCCUGGGCGCCAGGGACCAGUACAGCCCCCUGGCCCGGCCGCUCAAUGGCUCCUACCCGGGGCCCUACACGUCCUACGUGGGGCCGCAGCUCACCCCCGCCUGGCCCACGGCGCCUUUCGAGAACUCCAUGCUGCACUGCCUCCAGGGCCGGGCCGCCCCCAUCCCCGUCCGGGCACCCAGCUCAGAGCUGCUGGAGGACCUGUCCGAGAGCCGGGAGUGCGUCAACUGCGGCUCCAUCCAGACCCCGCUGUGGAGGAGAGAUGGCACCGGCAACUACCUGUGCAACGCCUGCGGGCUCUACACCAAAAUGAACGGCCUCAGCCGACCCCUCAUCAAGCCCCAAAAGAGAGUGCCUUCCUCGCGGCGGCUGGGCUUGUCCUGUGCCAACUGCCACACCACGACCACCACCCUGUGGCGCAGGAAUGCGGAGGGUGAGCCCGUCUGCAACGCCUGCGGCCUCUACAUGAAGCUCCAUGGGGUUCCCCGACCUCUUGCUAUGAAAAAAGAAGGAAUUCAGACGAGGAAGCGAAAACCUAAGAACAUAAAUAAAUCAAAGGCAUGCUCUGGUAACAGUACUACUGCAGUUCCUAUGACUCCAACAUCCACAUCUUCUACUAACUCAGAUGACUGUAGCAAAACUGCUUCUCCCAGCGCACAGACUGCGGCCUCCGGGGCGAGCUCGUCAGUGAUGUCUGGCCCAGGAGAGAGCACCAGUCCCGAAAGCAGCAACCUUAAGUAUUCAGGUCAAGAUGGGCUAUACACAGGAGUCAGCCUGACCUCCACGGCUGAAGUGACAGCGUCUGUGAGACAAGAUCCCUGGUGUGCCCUGGCUCUGGCAUGACCCGAUGUGAGGGAAGCUGGAUCCUGGUGCUGCACGGCAGCCCCCAGAUGUCCACACACAGUUUCUCCUGUGGAGCGGUUGCAGCAGAAGCAAGAGUGCUGGCAAAGACCAUUCCUCUGAAAUAGUUUUUGAGCCUUGGUGGCAGAGGUGUUUUUCAACCUCUGAAAGAGGCUCUGCCAAAGCAUCCAGUUCCUCAUCUAUGCAAGAAAAAUAUAGGGAAAGCAAAUGACCACCGGGGGAUAGCUAAUGCAGCCUUACAAUCUCAAAAAAAACCCUCAAAACCCCCAAAACAAAUAAAAAAAAAAAGAAAAAAGAAAAAAAAGAAAAAGAAAAAAAAACAUAUAGACCUAGACCUAUUGACGGGUUCCAGAAAUACAUCUUCAACUUACCCAGCAGCGCUGCCUUUCUGAUUGCAUAGUUGUUUUCACUCUCUCAUCGCCUUUUCCCCUAGGAAUUUGGUGGAAGCCACCAUUGUCGGGGAGGAAGUAGCAAAGACUUUAAUUACCAGAGAUAGUGAGAUACUUUUUAAUGAGUGACAGAAGUGCGUGUGGCUUGAGUCGGCACAGACUUCUUGCACUGAACAUUUGAUAUCUUCGCCCUGUCAGACCUCUUCCCUCCUUUGCCCUCCAUCUUCAGUGUGCCUUGCUCUGCUCCUCAGAGCCCAGCUAUGCCCCUGGAAGAAAUCACAAUGUUUGGUACAAGUCCCACAAGGUCCAGCUGGUUAAGGAGAUUUUGGGGUUGGUUUUUUCCUGGUUUAAGAUAUUUACUCACUUUGCAAGACUACGAUAUAACUUUUAAAGUACACUGUGACUGAGAUUUAUGAAAGUUCAUAUUUUCUGGCUGAACUGUAUAGAGUCAGUCAAAAUUUGUAAACAGGGUAGCAAUCAGAUAUUUUUCUUCCAUAUAUACAAUAAUUUUUUUAAAGAAGUGCAAUUUGCGUUGCAGCAAUCAGUGUUAAAUCAUUUGCAUAAGAUUUAACAACGGUUUUUAUACGAAUGAAUGUAAACAUUUUAACUUAAUGGUACGUAAGUAAUUUAAAAGAAAAACUUAACUAGGCAUCCUUAGGCUUUUUAGCUCAACAAAAAUGCAUCCACUUUCUGUAUUUCCAGUUGUUAAAGCAAGAGUUUCAAAGAACAAGCCUUCUCUCAGGAAAAUUGCCCUAGCCAUUUGCUCAAAAGUGUUGUACAAAAAUGCAAAUGCAUCCCCAAGGCUUUUUUUGCCGUUGAGUAACUGUGUGCUGGAAAGAAACAAAUUGCAAUGAACCUUUACUACUACCUAACUGAUAUAUUUGUAAAUACUACAAAAGAUAUCUUGAAGGCAUCUUGAAAAUGUAGGAUGCAAUCUGUAUAGUGUGACUGACAUAUAGUUAGGUUGGUUUCCAUUGGUUUUUAAGUGGGAUGUCAUUUGGAAAGUUGUUUCAUCAGAGCUUUAAAAAUAAAAGGGUAUCAUUUUGAGAUUU